AAAAAGUAGUAAUUGAAUUCUAACGCCGACUCUCUCUCUCAAAAUUCCGUUGAAACUCAAGUUCAGGAGACAGGAUUUGAGCAACGCGCACUCCCGAUAAUGGCUGGUGAUCUUUUCCAUGAUCUGCCGCCUCCAAGUGCGCCACAAUCUCAACAAAUCGCACUUUCUCCAGUUACCACUGCUCUAAAAUCUAAUCCCAAACCCACGGCGCCACCGGCUCCUCUUGCUCCGGCGCUAAAGAGCGCCCUCAAAAGGCCUAAGUCGCAGCCCGAGUCACAGUCUGAAGAAAGUUCAUCUGCUCCUGGUAAACGCCUGAGGUUUAAGACAACAACAGAUGCCUCGGAAAAACAAGUAAUUGAAGCUAUGCAGAAGAUAGCUUCGCACAUAAAGAAUCCUUCAAAGUUCAAUAAAGCAUCAAAGCUUGCUAUACAGUUGAUUGAGGCUGGUAGUAUCAAGGAAGCGACCAGUGAAUAUUUCUUUGUGGUACUUGAAGCAGCGAUGACCCCCUUAACUAGUUGCAACGAGCCCUCUUUACGUGCUGAUUAUCAUGCAUUAUUCUCAGCUGCGCAGGAUGUAGCUCAAUGCCUAAACAAGAAGCAAGAAAACCUAUUGGCUGCAUGGACAAUUAGGGCUGUUUGGGCAAAUGACCUGUUCACUGAUGACAGUUUUGUGUUCUCGAAGGCAACUGGGAGAAUAAAGGAAGCCAUAUCCGCUCUUCCAGUUGCAACCAAAGAAGAUGAUAUAGAAGAAGCUGCUGCAUUCAAAGAUGUGACUGAGAAGGUAAAUGCAGAGGCACAGCUAAAAAAGGAAGGUGGUGUAGAGGAAGAGUCCGAUCCAUUCGGAUUGGAUGCCCUUAUAUCAAAUGCACCUGCCAAAGAUGAAAAAUCGAAAAAGGAGUCGUCAUCCCAUAGUGGAAAUGAGGACGACGAGAAGGGGAGAUUCCUCAAAUUGCAGAGACAAGCAUUGCUUCUGUGCUUAGAGACUGCUGCAAAGAGAUACCAAAAGCCAUGGUGCCAAACAGCCAUCGACAUCUUGGCAAAGCACGCGUUUGAUAAUAUUUCAAGAUUCACCACUCAGCAAAGGGAUGCGAUUGAGAAACUCUGGGGUUCGAUCAAGGAGCUUCAAAUGCGCAGGAAGCAAGGGAAGUCCGUAUCCGGGAAACUGGAUGUGAAUGCUUUCGAGUGGCUCCAGCAAAAAUAUGCAGGCGAGAAGAUCAGCAUCAGGCGUUCUGUCGGAGGCAGCGGAGACCGUAAAUGUCAACAAUGGCUUGGUUGAUGCCAUUGCCACCUGUUUUCUUAAUCGGCAAGUAGUUGAGUAAGAGCAUGUAUUCAUGACUACUAACUGGUUAUCCAACUCUCUUGCCUCAAAUAUGAGCCUAUUUAUUCUCA